CUCUCUUUCUCCCACCACAGGAUCCCCACCCAUAGCCGGUGACACUUCUCCUUUCCCGUCAGCUUCUCAUUCACCCUCGCCCUUCCCUUUCCCUCUCUAUCUUUCCUUCUCAGACCGUCCAUCCCUCCGUCACGUCUUCUUUCUCUCCCCCCCCACUAUCACUCUCCCCAUUCUCUCUCUCCCACUUUUUCCUCCUUCCUCUGCCUCACUGCUCUCCUCUCACUCUCACGUCCCCGCCCCACCCCUCCUGCCUCGCCCCUUUCUCCUCUCGAACACCUCCCCCGCACCUCGCGCUCUCUCUCCCCCCUCCCUUCUCCCACCCUUCCCUCCCACUCUCUCCGCUCCACUUCGCAUCUAACUUCCCACCCCCUCCCAGCCCUCUCUCGAACGCCGGCCCCACCACUUCCGCCCUCUCUCUCUCUCUUCGUUCCCCUCUGCUCUCUCCCUCUUUCCCCACACACCCUCUCUCCCCUCUUGUUCUCUCCCCCCACCCUUCCACCUCUCUCCGCCCCCGCCCCACCGAUGCAGCUGAGCGGACGCCUCGUGGACUUCGUCCUCACCCUGCUGACCACCGCAGUCCUCUCAGGGGGUCAAACCGGGGUUCCUACCACCGAGAGCCCGUCCACCACGCCUCCCGCCCCUAGAGUCCGCCUACGGGACGGGAGUAGCGAGUGCUCGGGCCGAGUCGAGCUCCUUCACGACGGCCAGUGGCGGCCGCUCUGCCGGGAGUUCUGGGGCGCCCCGCUGGCAGACGUCCUAUGCCGGCAGCUGGCCUGCGGGAAGGCCGGGUACCCGCCGGCACCGCCCGGGGAGCCAGAGGAGCCUAAACCCGCGGCCGAGCCUUUGGCCCACCCGGGGCCCCACUGGGUGGGGAUGCUGAACUGCAGCGGAAAGGAGACGGGCUGGACGAGCUGCCACUCCACCCUGCUGCCUGCGCACGCCACGUGCGACCGUAACCUGUCCGUCCACCUCACCUGUACAGAGCACCGACGGCUGAGGCUGGCGGGCGGGCCCUCCCGCUGCAUGGGCCGAGUGGAGAUCCUUUGGCGGGGGCAGUGGGGCACGGUCUGCGACGACGACUGGGACUUGGCCGAGGCAGCGGUCGUCUGCCAGCAGCUGGGCUGCGGCACGGCGCUGUCGGCCCCCUCGUCAUCCGCUUUCGGCCAAGGCCCUGGACCCAUCUACCUGGACCAGAGGAAAUGUCACGGUGACGAACCCUUCAUCUGGGCCUGCCCCGGACCACGCUGGAAAGAUCAUGACUGCGGGCACAAGGAGGACGCCGGCGUUGAGUGCUCUGGUCACCGGACUCUCAGACUCUCCGGGGGACCGAAUCGGUGCGAGGGGAAUGUCGGCGUGCGGGAAGACGGGAUCUGGGGCGAGUUGUGCGCAGACACCUGGGACUGGGACCUCGCCCAGGACAUCUGCGCGUACCUGGGCUGCGGGAACGCCUCUUCCCUGCACAACGAGUCAGCCCCCACUGUACCGGAUCUGUGGACCAGCGGCUGCUUCUACAACCCCAGCUCGCUUCCCGCCUGCUUGGAGCCGCUGGCGAGCGGGAAUUGCACAGCACAGGCCUACGUGGUGUGCACAGGAUCACUUGACUUAACAAAGCCCCAUUGGAAUGUAACCUCUGUCCCGGACUCUACAGAAAUAAUGGAUCAGAAUCAGACCUCGGCUUCACGAGAAGUUCUCCUUUUCCUCGCCAUCGGAGCGCUGGCGAUCGUCGUCAUCGUGCAGCUCGUCCUGCUCAUCAUCUGUCACUACCGAGUGAAGCACAGAAGGGUGAUGCUGUUGGCCCAGCCCAGCCGGACAGAGUCCGUGGUCUCCGCCAACGACUAUCGGGAUAUGUCUGCCACCCUCCCCCGUCACGACAGCCGACCACCCACCAUCAACGUUCAUGUUUCAGGACCCCCGGCGAACGCAUCCACCAACCGCGACCCGCACUCCAUCAAUGAGGAGCGCGCCAACUCGGCCCCCAGGACGGCAAAGGACUUCUCCACCUUUAAGGGUUCGGUCCGGGAACCCUUCCCGAGGCCAGGAAUGGCUCGGACUGCCGCGUUCGGGGUGAAAGGUCGGGGAUCGAGCAGGCGCGGCAGGAUGGCGGAGGGACACAGCAGCUCGUCAGAGGACGGCCAACAUGCCCCGAGAAAACUCAGCUCCCGACGGAAACGCGGCCAGCUGGAGCGACAGAUUUCGGCGGAGUCCUCCAGCACGUCGUCGUGCGAGUGGUACGAGAACACGCGGCGGGAUACGGAUGAGGAGGAGGAGCAGGAGGAGGUGGAGGAGGCGGCGGACGCCACGAGGAGGGGCGAGAUGGAGCCGAAUCGCUUGGCGGUCGCUCCCUUGAAUGCGAUGCAGAGUUCGACAAGCACCCUGCCCGUCGAGGAGUACGAGAACGUUGACUCGCACUGUCCGCCGCAGACCAGCUCUUUCGCUGUGCCCUGUCCUGUGACAAGUCAGGGGUUCGAGGAGUCUUCCGAAAGUGAUUACGAUGACAUUGGGGCCUAUACCUUCUCGUGAGUUACCCGCCGAAUCCUUCUCCGGCCAGAGAUCGCGGCAGAGGGCCGCGGCCGGGACUUCCGAUCAAGACUCAAAUUCCAGUGCGCAGCGAAAAACAAAGAAACUGGAGCGAAACGCCUCGUUUGCUUCAAGAACCAACACAACCUAAGGCUGUGCCGGGG